GAUAUUAACUACCUCAUGUGCAAAUGCUAAUUAGGCAGGAAUCAGAUUCCAACUAAUCAAUAAGACUUGAAAAUGAAAUGAAACAAUCCAUAAUAUUUCCAAAUCUUGCUACUCCAUCAUCUCCUUCUGAAAUUUGAAACAGAACAUUUUCCUUCUUCAUGACUCAGAAGUUGUUUUGCAUGGUGAUGAGGAUUAACAUAGACUGCAAAGGAUGUUACAUGAAAGUAAGUCGAGCACUUCUCACAAUGCCAGAGCUGGAGACAAGAUUCAUAGAGAAAAAUCAUAGCAGAGUAAUUGUUUGUGGGAAUUUUGUACCACAAGAUGUAGCCAUCAAAAUAAGGAAGAAGACAAAUAGGAGGGUUGAAAUAUUGGAGAUACAAGAAUUAAGUGGCAGUGAUGAAAAACAAGAAGAACAAAUGCCCUUAAUAAGCUCUUGCAACAACCAAACUGAAACAGAAACAUAUGUAACAUCACAAGAUUCACAACCACACAUGUAUUUUCAAGUUAUCAGCUAAUCAGAACAUAAUUGUAAUCACUUUUAUUAUUUAUUUCUGUUAAUUAAUGCCUAGUCCCAUUGGGUUUAGAUCUUUCCGUUUUGUCUAAUUAUUGAUUUAUUGUGGAUUUAACUUCUAUGUAUUGAUAGUGUAUUUGAUUUUUAUAAUACCAAUUUAUUUAAUUUGUUA